CUACUUUUAUAUACUAAGGUAUAUUUAGUAGUAAAGAAAUAUAUUAUUAAUAGCCUUAAGGACCUCGCUGAUCCUAGCGACUUUUUAUAUACUACUAGCGAGGCCUAUACCUCUACUAUUAAUACUAAUCGGGGUUUAUGGGACGCUGUCCUCGAGGCCUUUGCCGCACGAAAAGACCUGUUGAAUAAUAAUGAAGCUAAGACGACCGUCAAGAGACUAGGCUCACUUGCCUAUGAUCUUCUCGUCUACUUCCAUUGGGAAGGAAAAUUGCGGUAUGAGUAUAAUUUUAACUAA